AAUCAUCCUGGUGGCGAUGGGGGAAACCCAUCCCUUCUCUCUCGCAUCGUCUCCACCGCGCCGCCAUUUGAAUUGGUAUCAGUCUUUUCAGAGAGAGGGAGAGAUUUAGAAAUAGAGAGGUGUGUUUUUGAUGGCAGGAGAGAGAGGAGAGGGUGGUGAGGUUCUUCCUCUUCCCUUGAGCAGGAGCAGCAGCAGAGGUGGUGUAGGGGGGAGAGGAAUGAGGGGAAGGUGGAUUAUGUUCAGGAAGAGGAGAGAGAGAUGGUUGGUGGUUUUGGGCGUGGUUUUGCACGCCAUUUACAUGCUUAGCAUUUUUGAUAUAUACUUCAAGACCCCCAUUGUUCAUGGCAUGGACCCUGUCGAGCCUCGGAUCAACCCCCCUGCCAAGCGCCUGGUCCUCCUUAUAGCUGAUGGAUUACGUGCCGAUAAAUUUUUUGAGCCUGAUGCUAAAGGGGAGUACAGGGCGUUAUUUCUUAGAAAUAUUAUGAAAACUAAAGGUCGAUGGGGCAUUUCACAUGCUCGUCCUCCAACUGAAUCGAGACCUGGGCAUGUUGCAAUAAUUGCUGGCUUUUAUGAAGACCCUAGUGCUGUUACAAAAGGUUGGAAGGCGAAUCCUGUUGAAUUUGACUCAGUUUUUAACCGAAGCCACCAUUCAUUUGCUUUUGGGAGUCCAGAUAUUGUUCCUAUCUUCUGCAGUGCCUUACCUCACAGCAGCUGGAGGGUCUAUCCACAUGAAUUUGAAGACUUUGCAACUGAUGCAUCUUUUCUCGAUGUCUGGUCCUUUGAUCAAUUUCAAAGCCUUGUCAAUGGAUCGAAGGACGAUCCUGUGAUAAAUCAAUUGCUCCACCAGGAUAAAGUGGUUAUCUUUUUGCAUCUGCUUGGCUGUGACACCAAUGGGCAUGCGCACAAGCCCUAUUCAUCUAUCUAUUUGAACAAUAUUAAGGUUGUUGACGAUAUUGCAGAGAGCACAUAUAAGCUUGUUGAAGAUUUAUUCAAGGACAACGCAACGGCGUAUAUUUUUACAGCCGAUCAUGGAAUGAGUGAUAAAGGAAGUCAUGGGGACGGUCAUCCGUCAAACACUGAAACUCCACUUGUAGCAUGGGGUGCCGGUAUUCGGGGUCCAAGGACGUCAUAUAUCAAACAUCGUUCUUCUAAUAACUUUCGGUUUGUUGAUGAGCACACACAUGAUAUGCCGACACCUAUUGAAUGGGGUCUUCGAGAUGUAGAGAGAGUCGAUGUGAAUCAAGCUGACAUUGCACCUCUAAUGUCGACUCUUUUGGGUUUACCCUGUCCUAUGAAUUCUGUUGGAAAUCUACCCCUGGAAUUUGUAGAUAUGAAUGAGGAGGAUGAGGCUGAAGCUGCAUUGGCCAAUGCCAAGCAAGUUCUUCAUCAGUUUCGCCGCAAGUCACAAAUAAAGCAGUCACAUUCUUUAAGUUUUAAACCAUUUAAACCAUUGGAAAACUCUACUUCAGUUGUAAAUGAAAUCGAGGAUCUCAUAUCCCAAAAGGAUUAUGAAGCUGCUGUAAGAUUAUCCCAGAGUCUCAGAACAUUGUCCUUGGCAGGCCUCCACUACUUCCAAACUUAUGAUUGGAUGAUGCUGAUGACAACAAUUACUCUUGGAUAUGUUGGUUGGAUGGUUUACAUUGUCAUGCAUGUCCUUAAGUGGUAUACUUAUCUCCAGGAAAAAUAUUCUUUGACGAAGAAUCUAGCUAUUCUUAUGGAUCAGCGUGAUACGAAAGUAUACAUCUUUGGAACUCUUCUGAUGGGCAUUUUUUCUAUUCUACUGCUUGUGGAGCGUGCACCUCCUCUUUACCAUGCUUAUCUUGCAGUGACUGUAUUUCUAUGGACACAGAUAUUUAAUGAUUUUCAAUUUAUAAAAGCAGCAUGGAGCACUUUGAUUUCAAGUGAAUCCAAAUGUCUUCUGAAGUUGUGUGGUACUUGUGCUGUAUCUAUACUCAUUCUUGAAUUUCUGGUGGCUAGUUUCUCUGAGAGGAGGCUCUACACUUUGUUUUUCCUUACUGCUGGACCAUGUGGUGCAUUUUAUAUCAUGAAAUCGUUUCGCGCAUAUAUUGGAGCACCCAUCUUCAUUUGGGCCAGUUGUUGGAUUUUAUCACUUUUUACAAUGUUUCCUGCAGAUAUUCCCGAGAAUACUACGCUGGUAAUUACAAGUGGGGCUAUAGUUGUCUUUAUAGCAUUAGUUUCAAGAUGGUUUAACUCAAGUGUUGUGGCUCAGAAGUAUUGUUCAAGUAUAUGUACUGAAAGGAAACAGUCCAAUGGGUCCAAAAACCUCUUUAUUGCACAGGCCUUCUUGGUUCUUCUGUCAUCAUUGAUGGUGUCGUUAUCUACAUCCCAUAGAACACAAAAUAGAGAGCUUCUAGCAUUGCAUCAGGUCAUAAAUUGGGUUUUAGCUGGUCUUGGUAUGGUUUUGCCAUUGUUUUCCGUCAAUACCUUGCUGUCUCGCCUCUCUUCUGUCUUUCUUGGUUUUGCUCCAGCUUUCCUGCUUCUUUCUAUCGGUUAUGAAGCUGUCUUCUAUGGUGCCCUUGGACUUGUUCUGAUGUCUUGGAUACUUGUUGAAUCUGCUAUUCUCUCACUGAGCUCAAAGGCGGCUCCCACCCAUAAUGACAAUAUUGAGCUCAAGCUCAAUCUCUAUCGUCGUGAUGAUGAAAGAUACCUACAGUUGUCAGAUAUGAGAGUACCACUAUGCUUUUUGGUCUUGUUCAACGUUGCAUUUUUUGGGACUGGAAAUUUUGCUAGCAUUGCAAGUUUUGAGAUUUCAUCUGUUUACCGGUUUAUAACGAUCUUCAGUCCAUUUCUGAUGGCCGGGUUGCUUGUUUUCAAGUUGUUCAUUCCAUUUAUGCUUGUCAUAUGUGUAUUCAGUGCAAUUACAAAGCUAAUGAGGCUUCCACGUUUAGGGUGUUAUUUCCUAGUUAUCGUGUUCUCAGAUGUCAUGACCAUUCAUUUCUUUUUCUUGGUACGAAAUACAGGUAGCUGGAUGGAGAUUGGUAACACCAUUAGCCAUUUUGGAAUCAUGAGUGCUCAGGUUGUAUUCGUGCUACUACUUUUUGCCCUCACCAAUGUUUACACAAAAAACAUUGAAAUCAGUUCACCCCAUUACUCGUCUCACAAAGUGCUUUAGUCAAAUCAUCUUGGGUACCAUAUCUUACCCAUCAUUUGUAUGCGGCCUUGCUUUGCUGAUAUUCAAAAAUCUGUUGAGGGACAUGGUUGUCAUGUUCCAUUUAUUGGAAUUUGCCACAGCACGUAAGCGGGUUGCAAAAUUUUGUUACGUAAGCGGGUUGCAAAAUUUUGCUACGGAAUUAUUUGUUAUUUUUUUCAGUUAUGGUAGUAAAUAGGUUUUGAAGAAUUAUGUUAUGAUUCUCACAUUUUUGACAAAUGAUUAAUUGCCUGCCUAGCUGAGCAAGCAGGGUGUCUUACUGUUAGAUCA